AUGGAGGUAUGGUUCGAUGAAAGUGGUGAGUUAAUGAUGAGCGUGUCUAAUGCUGAUGUCACUACUUCAAUGGACGCGGCUCGUCUGAAAGGACGUUUCCCAAUGAACCCCGAGAUCUGUGUGUUGUGGGUGGCCAGUGACGUAUUGAUGUGCUCAGCCUCCAUCUGGCACAUGUGUACCAUGUCCAUGGACCGGUACUUCACCUUAAACUACCCCAUGAGAUACGGUAGAAACAAAACCAGACGCAUGGUCGCUGGGAAAAUUCUAUUUGUUUGGCUGGUUUCCAUGGCAAUCUCAAGCCCCGUCUGUAUCCACGGAUUUAUAGAUACCUCUAUCGUGUACAACGACGGCAUGUGUGUUCCUGUGUUGAAAAACUUCAUUAUUUACGGCUCCAUUUUCGCCUUUUAUAUCCCUUUGUUGAUAAUGAUUGUCACGUACGUUCUGACGAUAAGGAUUCUUUGGAACAAUCAACAAAGAAUGAAACACAUAGAUAGGUCGGACUUGAAACCCAGGCUCGCUCAACUGACUGCCCAAUGCACUGGGUUUGCCAUUCCAAAACUUCUGUCUAAUCUUAAAAGACCCAGCAAGUCUCCAUCGACAUCGCAGACUUCAAUCUCCAACCAGAAAUGUGAUAAAAGAGUUACGGCACCUGACUCGGCCACGACGUACAGCGUCUACCAGUUUGAGAACGUCAACAACACCGUCAGUGAUUGCGAUUUGAGAACCUCCGGCCGGAACGGGAACAAGCCUCAGAUGUCGUACCUCGCUCCGCCGAAUCAGACAUGCGCAGUCAGGUCGACUUCCAAGUCCUCGACUAGAUUCCAGGAAACGUCCGACACAGAAGACAGUGAGAGCGAGCCAAAUUACUUCAGCAUGCUGCAGUCUUCCCAAUCCUGUAGGUCCUUGACCACGCCAAUCAGCUUGACCACGUCCGAGAAAUCUCUUCAGAAACGUCUUCACAAGAAGCAACUUCUCCAACAACAGCAACAAGAAAUUCGUCAUCUUUGUAAAAGCUACGGGACGCAAAAUCCGGAAACUCAAUCGCGAGAUGAGUCUUCUCUUUCACCAUCACCACCGGAGAUAUCUAAAAAUAUAACCCUAAACCUACCAUCACCAUCUCCACAGCAUCUUCCUUUGACAGAUCAAAAACCCCAGAACCAAUAUUCUCUUCCGGAUUCUCCGGAUUCCGUUUUCCCUUCGUCUUCUUCUUGCAGUCUUCUCCGGCUUAAAGAUAAAAAAGAAACUACCACGAAAAAAACUCCAAAGAGAAAACGUCUUUCGAAACGAGGCAGAAAGCGCCAAAGCAGUCUGAAUGAAAAAGAUCGAGCAAACAACCUCUUCAAAAACUCGACCAUUGAGCGACCGAACAACUUUUUAAAAAACUCUGCCACAGAUCGACCAAACCAUCUUCUAGAAGUCCCAGGACCGGUGUUUAACAGAAGGGGAAGGACGAACAAACAAACAAACGGACUGACAUUGCUGAGCACUGCCAAGUCGGAUACCCAGGUAUCCAAGGCUGGGAGAGAGACGACGACAGAAGGUGACGCUUCGUUUCAUCUGAGUUACAGUAACCUGAGCAAGGACUACAAGUCUGCUGAGUGGGACAGACGAUAUUUCCAGAUCCAGGCCGAAAUGGACCAAUGUCUGAUGGAAGAAUUCGGUCGAUGGGAACGUCGCCAAUCGACCGUCGAAUCAGACGAUAACAAAAGCGGUUCGGAUAAAUCCGUUAAGGAACACAAACCGCUUCUGGAACCGGAAUCCUCGCUGCCCAUCUACCUGAUCGACCCCCUCAACGUGCAGGGCAUUGACCCCACCUGCUACAGCCACUCGGCGCCGAACUCGCCACUCAACCGGCGAACGAUGAAUUCCUCCCUCACGCAAUCCUCCUCCGAUUCGGAUUCCGGCGAUUCGGCCGAUCGAGCUUACAACAAAGACAAUUCGGAUAAAACGAACGACGAUGACGACACUUCCGGUUCGUCGAACAACGAUGACGUCAUCACGAUCCGUCUACACCCGCCUAGUCCGAAAGUGAAAUCCGUUUUGAAUAACUCCGUUAGCAGUCUCCGUCCCAUCGAGAACGGCUGCGGUGUCAACGGCGUGGAUAAUAAUAACCAUUCUCAGAACGAGGCUUAUCCGAGCGUUCACCAUAUUGAAAACGAGGCAACACCCACACACAACUGUGAUAACCAUAACGGGUCGAUUCCAAGCUGCGCUAAAAAUAACCCGAACAACUCGUACGUGAGUACGCUUAAGCCCGCGCACAGCUCCCAGAGCUUGUCCCCCGUCAGCUCAACUCUACCCGAGCUUGUCAUCUCCAGCGAGGGCGAGAUGACCCUCGAGGAAACGGACGACACCCUCGACGACAGCCCGAAAUCCAACCGCAUCAAACUUCGCCGCCCGCACCAGACUUUACAUCAAAACAAGCAACGCUUUCGUAAGAAACUAACCUCGCCCAAACGUGAAUUUUCCGGUGAUACUUUUUCAAAAUCCCUCAAACGACCAAGUUUUAGGAACACAUUCCGCAUCCACCGAGGGAAGGCACCGUCAAAACACAUCCUUUCAAAAAAGACGGCAAGUAAUGAAAAAAAGGCGUCUAAAGUAUUAGGAAUAAUUUUCUUGGUGUUUGUGAUUUUAUGGACACCGUUUUUCACCGUGAAUAUUUUAUCCGCCACCUGCGCUUCGUGUAUCACAAACGUCACUCAGGAAAUGAUGUCAUUGUUUUUAUGGAUGGGGUACAUCGCUUCCCUCGCCAACCCCAUCAUCUACACUAUGUUCAACACCGCAUUCAGAAGAACCUUCAUUAGAAUACUCACCUGUAAAAUCCAACGCACGUGUGGUACGGCUAAAAAUAGCGACAACCCGUAUAUGAGCUACACGACGAUGCUGGCCAGCGAGCGGAGGAAUACAAUGACGGUGGUGUUGAGAGAUGAGUCCAGAUGAUAAUAACUGGGACUAUUUUUAUUGCAUCCGUGUGAUAAAAAAGUCCUGUGUUUUGCGGUGGCGUAGAGGUUUAAUUUAUAAUCAAACGAACGGUGAAUUUAUUUUUAAUUUAAAAAUGUUACUCAUGUGUGGCGGAAAAAUACCGAAGUACACAUUUUGUUAAACGUGAUUUAUAUCAG